AACGUCAGUUGUCUUGUUAUGUUUAUGAGUGCGAUAGAAGGUCGUCAUACACACACACACAUCAAUACAUACUAACUAAAUGACACAUUAACUUGGUUGACAUCAGCAGCUUGAAUUGACGUUACAUCAACAAGCUAACAAUACAGCAUUGUUAGCUAGCGUUAGCUCGCUGUGUUAAAAGUUGAAGCUCGGUUGUUGUGAGUCACUUUAAGUCACCUGGCCUGCAGACGUCAUGGAUGAAGAACCAGAGAGAACCAAGCGCUGGGAAGGGGGCUAUGAGAGGACAUGGGAGGUGCUGAAGGAGGACGAAUCUGGCUCACUAAAAGCCACAGUAGAAGAGAUCCUGUUCCAGUCUAAAAGGAAAAGGGUAACAGAGAGCCAUGGACAAGUGAGGCUUGGAAUGAUGCGACACCUCCAUUUGGUGGUUGACUGUUCGAGAAGUAUGGAAGACCAGGACUUGAAACCAAACCGCCUCACCGCUUCUCUAAAGCUGAUAGAAACUUUUGUCGAGGAAUAUUUUGACCAAAACCCCAUCAGUCAGCUGGGCAUCAUCACCACGAAGAAUAAAAGAGCCGAGAAGCUGACGGACCUGGCAGGAAAUCCAAAGAAACACAUUGUUGCUCUGAAAAAAGCAGUGGACACUGUGUGUCUAGGCGAGCCGUCCCUAUACAACUCUCUCCACCUGGCCAUACAGACCCUCAAGCACAUGCCUGGACAUACGAGUCGGGAGAUCCUGGUUAUCCUCAGCAGCCUCACUACAUGUGACCCAGCCAACAUCUGUGAGCUGAUUAAGACUCUAAAGUCUCUGAAGGUGAGGGUCUCGGUUAUCGGCCUGUCGGCAGAGGUCAGGGUGUGUACGGUACUGACCAGGGAGACGGGCGGCUCGUACCACGUUAUCCUGGAUGAGAGUCACUUCAAAGAGCUGCUGAUGCUACAUGUCAAACCCCCUCCAGCCAGCUCCUCAUCUGAAUGCUCUUUAAUACGCAUGGGUUUUCCUCAGCACAUCAUCGCCUCGCUGACUGACCAGGAAGCCAAGCCUUCAUUCAGCAUGUCUCAUCUGGACAGCAGCAGUGGGGCCGAUCUGUCUCUGGGAGGAUACUUCUGUCCACAAUGCCACGCCAAGUACACAGAGCUUCCUGUGGAGUGUAAAGUCUGUGGUUUGACUCUGGUGUCGGCACCCCAUCUCGCCAGAUCCUUCCACCAUCUUUUCCCCCUCCAAGCCUUCACAGAGAGUCCUACGGAGCAGCUCCAAAAAGACAGGUUCUGUCAGGCGUGUCAAGGGGAGCUGAAAGAUAAAAGUAUAUUCAGCUGUCCGUCAUGUUGCAGUGUGUUCUGUGUGGAGUGUGACCUCUUCAUCCAUGACUCGCUGCACUGCUGCCCCUGCUGUAUUCACAAUCAGAGCAACCCCUGAGGCUGAGAGGCUAACUGGCAGACAGUUGUUGAAGAUUUGAAUACACUAUUGGACAAUUUUGGUUUAUACAUAUGGUUUGAAGGUUCAGCAGCUUCUUACUAAAGUUAGGCCAAAGUCUCUGGUUGCUCUGAGCCAUGCAUCUGAGCCACUGCCCUUCCAGCUGUAAAAUAGCACACUGCUUUAUUUAUGUCAGGAAUUAUGUGUUGCAUUGUUUGUACACACUUUUGUACUACAGUUCUGUUUGUGACACGGUAGUUACAAUAAAACAUGUUUUCUAC